UUUUGCCCCCAAUUGGUAUACUCUAACUUAAUUGCAGCCGGUUGAUUUUGUGAAAUUUGUUCAAUUUACUUAAAUAGCAAUAGCUUAAAACAUAAAUUUUGAAUAUGAUAAAGUUGAAAUUAGAAGCACUAGAACAUCCAGCUCCCAGCAGUGUAGAUAUUAAUGAUCGUAAAGUGUUUGCUAGCACUAUCCUCUGGUUGGAAGACCAAAAAAUACGCCAAUAUAAAAUAGAAGACCGCGAAGACCUCCGAUUGGUCGACCAGCCUGAUAUAUGGGAACAAGCUUACGACAAUUACAAAACUGAUCUUUGUAUGCCACAAUUCUGUACGCCACUCGAAGAAAUAACAUGGUUACUUGGUUACGCUAUACGUCUGGAAUUCUUGGAUUCUCCCGAGAAUUACAAAGCUAUUAACUCAAUCGAAGUGAGCAAGCAACAAAAUAAAUCUGUCACCCCCAGCAUAAAAGCUGAAAAUUUCUUCGACAAUAUGGAUUUUAACCAUAAAGAUUUUAUAGCCGGUAUACGUUCAAUGGCCAACAAGCUCAAAGUACCGCACCAUCCAAACCAUCUUGUACAAUUAGAAGCCAUUGCACGUAUUGUACAUGAAAGACUUUCCCCUUCUGCUCAAAAUCGUCAGGCGAUAACUGGAACACCCUUUCCCUUUGAAAAAGGUAAUGAUGUGGUGGUGACGGAUGACUCUGCUUUGGAUUACCCUGUACGUAUUUUACGAUUAUUACAAAUACAAAGUUUAAGGCAGUUGCAAACGAAAAUCAAUGAAGCAAUUGUAGCUGUGCAAGACUUGACUGCGAAUCCCAAAACCGAUACUAAGCUCGGAAAAGUGGGCCGAUAAUCGGCUAAUAUCAUGCAUUGGAAGAGCCAUUUAGUUGCAAAUAUUACAAAAAUAAAGCUCCAUUAAUAUUAAUCUCUCAACGAAAAGCUGUGUAUGAUCACACGUAUACAUCAUUUCAGGAUCUAAAUUUACAAUUUGAUUCCACGAAUAAAAUAAUGAUGCGUAACUUUGCAUACAAGUUAUGUAUGUUUAUUUAUUAUGAUUUGAUUAUUAAAAAUACAGAGGGAACACAGUCCUUUACUUAAUAAAUA